CAUGUCGAAAGCUACGUCUGAAAGUUCCCAAAGAAAACGAAAAUUAGAGGAAUCAGUAUCAAGUCCUGCAACUCACGAUGGCUACUACUCACUUUCAGAUCUUAACUUUAAUCCAUUUCCUGAUAAAGAUAGGAUAGGUCAAUGUAGAAACGUUACAGAUUUCCAGAAACUGAACACGAUUGGAGAGGGAACCUAUGGAGUAGUGUACAGGGCAAAAGAUUGUUCUACAAAUGAAAUUGUGGCUCUAAAAAGGAUAAGAAUGGAAAAGGAACGAGAUGGUAUUCCCAUAAGUGGUCUUAGAGAAAUUAACAUUCUAUUACAUGUUCGACACGAAAAUGUCGUUAGGUUGAAAGAAGUUGUCGUUGGACAGAAUUUAGAUAGUAUCUUCUUGUGUAUGGAAUACUGCGAGCAGGAUCUUGCUGGGUUGCUUGAUUAUAUGCCUAAACCUUUCUCAGAAGCUGAAGUAAAAUGUAUUAUUUUGCAAGUUCUAAAUGGGCUAUCCUAUCUACAUCAUCGAUUCAUCAUUCAUAGGGAUUUGAAGGUAUCUAAUUUAUUAAUGACUGACAAAGGACGCGUUAAGAUUGCUGAUUUCGGGUUAGCUCGUAAAUUUGGAAUACCUAAGAAACCUUUAACUCCUAAUGUAGUUACUUUAUGGUAUCGGGCCCCGGAGUUGCUACUCCAAAGUGAAGAUCAAACAACGGCAAUAGACAUGUGGGCUAGCGGUUGUAUAUUAGGAGAAUUGUUAGCCCAUAAACCCUUACUUCCUGGUAGAUCUGAGACAGAACAAAUAGCGUUAAUAAUUGAAAUGUUUGGAACACCUAAUAAUAAUAUUUGGCCGGGUUUUUCAGAUCUUCCAGCUUUGAAGCACUUUAGUUUGAAGAGGCAACCGUAUGUCUUUUUACCCCAUAAGCUCUCGUUGAAAUUUUAUAUUAUACAGACCUAUUCUUGGAACAGGGCAACCGCUAAUGAUUGCUUGGAGAGUUCUUACUUUAAAACAGCUCCUUUACCCUGCAGUCCGGAAAUGAUGCCAUCUUUUCCCCAGCAUCGUAAUGACAGGAGCACAGCAGUAGAAGAAAGUAGUAGUAAGCAGAAAAGUCAAGUUUAUAAAAGUAACCAAUCGAAUAUUUCCCUUUUGCAAGCGAAAAAUAGACGUUUUUAA